UGUGGGGGCUGCUUUUGUGUUACACAUGGAACGGCAACGUCACAUCUGACCUCCACAAUGGCGGACAAAACAGUCCUGGCUGAAGGAUCCUCUUUUAUGGAUCCUCUUAAAGGGCUUUUGUUGACAUAUCUUAUGCCCGAGUCGUGUUACGACGAGUUCUUUCUCAAAGUCAACUUUCUGGACGUACCAUGUCUGAAGAUUAUACUGAGCAAAGGCCUGGGUAUUGGCAUCAUCCUGGGAUCAGUGUUGGUAAAGCUGCCUCAGAUCCUAAAGCUGGUGGGAGCAAAGAGCGCUGAGGGGCUGAGCUUCCAGUCUGUGCUGCUGGAGCUGCUGGCCAUCUCGGGAACAAUGGCCUACAGUAUCGCCAACAAGUUCCCGUUCAGUGCCUGGGGGGAGGCUCUGUUCCUCAUGCUGCAGACAGUCGCCAUCGGCUUCCUCAUUCAACACUACAGAGGACAAACCGGCAGAGGUCUCCUGUUUCUGGUUGUGUACUUUGGCCUGCUGGUCCUCCUACUGUCUCCAGUCACUCCCAUGUCAGUGGUUACCUAUAUGCAGGCCUCUAACAUGCCAGCUAUCAUUAUCGGCAGGCUGAUCCAGGCAGCGUCUAACUACCGGAAUGGGCACACCGGCCAGCUUUCAGCUGUCUCCGUCUUCCUGCUGUUUGCUGGAUCCCUCGCCCGCAUCUUCACCUCACUACAGGAAACCGGAGACGCGCUGAUGGCCCUCACCUACGUCAUUUCCUCCGCCUGUAAUGGCAUCAUCACUCUGCAGGUGCUCUACUACUGGAACAGCUCCCCAGAUUCCAAGAAGAAGAAGAAAAAGAAGGAAUAAGAAAAGGGAGUGAAGCUCCGAUCCUAGAGCAACACUUUCUUUCCAUAUCCAACUUUAGACGCUCUCCAAGAGGUGUGUCUUCAAAACUUGAUUGAAAAUGCAUGUACAGAGCCACUCGGAAUGGGGGACCUUUUAUAAUACGCUGGACAAACAGUGACUUUGAAGUAAGGCAACAUGUUAAGCAGAUAUUCCCGGACAUGUAGUUGCUUUUGAUGGAUGUGGGUCCAGACUCCAGCUGUUCAGCACACUAUCAUUACAUUCUUCUCGAUCCAGUUUUCCCCCUUUGCAGUCAGACUGUGUUCAUACUGUUAUGUUAAAAAAUGGUGUGGAACGGCUUUUGCACUUCUUCACAUUCAGGGUUUCUGAUUUACUAAUCUAAUCAUCCAGAUAGUUUUUUAUCUUUUCAAUAUUGUUUUCAGUGGAUUUGACCAUGGAUGCAUGUAAAGAAUGAUUUGCUGUUUUGUCAUUUUACAUAAACGUAAUUCCACACCUGCUCCUACAACUGCAAGGUCUAUUCUGUGGUCCAUAUUUGGUGACAUCAUUAUUGUUUCUAUGAAGGGUGAAGCAAUUUUUUUUUUCAAUAUUGUGCAAAAUUACACUUUUUUUUUUUUUUUAAUACCCUGGCUUCUGAAAGAUUUCUGUUACAUAUGACAGGAUCACAUUGCCCUAACUGCAGUUUCUAAAAUUCCUGGGAAUCAGUUUGAGUUUGAAUUAGCUUUAUACAAGAUUUCUAUUCUUUAGACAAGUGGCUCUGAGACUGUACAUGGGCACAAUGGUGGUUUGGGCACUUUGAGCAUCGGUCUGACGUUAGCAGGAGUUUUGUGUAGCGUGCUGAUGUUUAAAUACAAAUGCAGUUAAUGUAUAGGUUUUUAUAUUUGUCUGUUUACUGAUAAAGACCAACUAAACUUUGAGAAAGUCCA